AUGUGGUCUCUCCGUGGGCGUGCCCUCUCUUCCGUCGCUCUCUUGUCAGCAACUACCUUGACCAGUGCAGCCCGACUGCCUGUUCGUGCUGACUUUGCUUCGUGCCUCGCCGCGGAUGAUGUCAAUGUCCUCACUUCCUCGUCUUCAGCCUGGGACACAGCAGUCACUCCUUACAACCUCCGCCUCGAAGACCAAUACGUCCCCUCCGCCAUAGUCUACCCCAGCUCCCCUUCCAAAAUCUCCUCCGCCCUCCUCUGCGCCUCCCAAUCCGGCCUCUCCGUCUCCCCCCUCGCAGGCGGCCACUCCUACUCCGCCUCCGGCUACGGCUCCACCAACGGCACUCUCGUCAUCAGCCUCUCCAACCUCACCUCUCUCUCCGUCGACUCUUCUUCCGGGCUUGCGUACGUGCAGACUGGGCUGAGAUUGGGCGAUGUGGCGCAGGGGUUGUUUAAUAAUGGGGAGAGGGCGUUGGCGCAUGGGACGUGUCCGUAUGUUGGUGUUGGUGGGCAUACGAGCUUUGGUGGGUAUGGGUUUACGUCGAGGAAGUAUGGGUUGGCGAUGGAUCAGGUUGUUGAAGCGGAGAUUGUUCUUGCGAAUGGAACGAUCGUGAAUGCGAGUGCGAACGAGAACGCGGAUCUCUUCUGGGCUGUUCGCGGAGCCGCACCCUCCUUCGGUAUCGUCACCCAAUGGACGUUCCAAACCCAUGCAGCCCCGCUCACCUCCGUCGGUUUCACAUACUCAUACAAGACCCCCGACGCAGACAGUUUCUCUCGCGUCCUUACCGCCUACACCAACUGGGCCACUACUUCCGCCCCUGCCGAAAUCGGUCUGGAGGCAACCAUCGGCUCUGGGACUGUCAGCAUCGUUGGUUUGUAUGAGGGCUCGCAAGAUAGCUUUAACGGUGUUAUUGGGUCGUUGUUGGAUAGUAUGGGAACGCCGGAUUCGAGUGAUGUGAAGGAAUAUGGAUGGAUCGAGGCGUUGGAGUGGUUGGGUGGCGCUGAUACCAUCUCGACUGCUGCAGCACCCGACACGCACGACACCUUCCUCGCCAAAUCUCUCGUAACGCCUAUGUCCGCCCCUCUCACCGCAGAAACCUACACCGCCUGGGCGAACUACCUCCUCUCCGCAUCCACCUCUUCCCUCUCCUGGUUCCUCCAAGUCGAACUCUACGGCGGUGCCAACAGCGCCAUCAUGAACGUUUCUUCUGACGCCACGGCCUUCCCAUUCCGGGACUCCCUUUUUGUGAUGCAGUUGUACGCGUCCUCGGCAAACGCGCAGCCUCCGUACCCUUACGACGAUGGGUAUAACUUCUUGAAGGGUGUAGUCGAUACCAUUGAGGGAUCGAUGCCGGGGGCUGAUUUUGGGGCUUACACCAACUAUAUCGACCCGACGUUGGAGAAUUGGCAGGAUCUGUAUUAUAAGGGGAACUAUGAUCGAUUGGUCGAGUUGCAGAAGGUCUACGACCCGAGCAACAUCUUCAUGAAACACCAGAGCAUCGGCUCGGCUUGA